CCCCCCCGGGCCCCCUCCCCGCGCACACCUGCUGCUGCCCCCCUCCCUUUGUGCAGUGCAGGUGUCCCCCCUCCCAGCCCCGCUGUGAUGUCACACUCCGGCUCGCGGGGCACGAUGGGAGAAUCCCAAUGUUUUCCAACAGAUGCUCCAAGAAAAGCAGCCGAUUAAAGCAAUUGCAGGAGCGAAGAUUUUGCUAUUGGGCGGGAGGGGGGGGAGCACGGGGGAGGGGAGAGCCCGGCCCCAGCUCAUGCCGGCCCCCCCCCGGAGCCGCACGAAGGCAAGUUCGCCCAUGAGCGGCAAUAGGCGCCCGGUGCAUUAGCGGCAUCGCUGCGGCUGCUGGAUGCUGCAGGUGCGGAGCCUCGGCGGGAGCUGGCGGAAGGAGGCCGGGGAAGAUGCUGCCGCGGCUGGGGCUGCCGGGCUGAAGCUGCUGGCGCUCCGGACUCCGGCCCCCCCUUCCCCAUUGUGACCUUGGCCGCCGCCCGUUCCAUGAGCCCCCCCACCCAUGGCUGCAGCGGCAGAAGGGACUGGCUGUUUUCUCCCCCGAGGCAGGUCUCAGAGCGACCCCAGCAUCCUCACGGACUGCGCUGCCUGCGCGGCCCCUCCAGCCGGAGAGAACCCAGAAGAUGCUGUGGCAAGAGACCUUGUGAAAUUAGGCAGUUACUUUGCCAGACUGCUUAGAAGGGAACUGAGUGGUUGUGAAGCUGCUGGGUGGUCAGUCCCUGAGUCAGACAGCCCCAGUUUGUCCACCACACAGUGCAAGGGACUCAUCACCCCAGCAUUGUGCAUCAGCCAGCUCCAAGGAGGAGAAGAUGAGAUGGAGCAGUCCCCUGCAAUGCAUUCUGAAUAUCUGGUCUCAGGGAUUAGAACUCCGCCUGUGAGAAGGAACAGCAAGCUGGCAACACUGGGCAGGAUCUUCAAACCAUGGAAGUGGAGGAAAAAGAAAAACGAGAAACUAAAGCAAACAUCAGCAGUGUUAGAGAAGAAGAUUACUGCAAGGCCAGGUCGGGAUGAACUCAUUAAGAAAGGUCUUCUGGAGAUGAUGGAACAAGAUGCUGGAGGCAAAGCAUGUGCUGCUGAUGGUGCCACCAGAUCAGUGCAGAGUGACCCUUCAUCCCCCGUAUGCCAGGCAUUUACCUCAGAAGAGAUGCAGCAGGAAAGUACAGCAGCAACAACAAAUACAACCUCACUUGGCGAGGAGCUGCACUCAGAGGAGCUGAAAGACGAUGCAGCCAAGAAACCUUCAGUGUCCACUGAAGAACUAGAAGAUGCCUGCCUGCCAGUAACCGAAGAGACUCCACAAGCCUUACUUAUUUCUGAAUCCACAGAUUCCCCACAGAAACCAAUGGAAAGAAACCUAGCACAGCUCCCCAGCCCCCCUUCACUUCCAAUUCCACCACCUAAGGCAAUCUCCAAAAUCAAGAGUGUAACAGGACAAGCUGCCCUCUUCCAUCCACCAGGCCAGAAAGGCUCCGAUCCCCAUGUCAGAGGACAGCUACCAACACCGACUGGUUCCCCUCAUCCCACUGCUGUCCACCUGCCUUUACCUCCCAGCAGAGUCAUUGAGGAGCUCCACAGGGCUCUGGCCACCAAACAUCGGCAGGAUAGCUUUCACGGCAGAGAAAGCAAAGGGUCUCCCAAAAAAAGAGUGGAUGUCCGUCCAUCCAGAACAUCUAGCAUCGAGGGCAACAAAGAAAAGGAGAAUGCACUGAGCCACAGUAAUGAUCCGGAGAACAAGCGAAACUCAGUCAAAGAGUCAGAUGAGAACAAAGAAAACCUGAUCAUGAACUCAGAACUCAAGGACAACUUGGUUUUUUAUCAGGAUGAAGAGGUGUUGAAUGACUCCAUCAUUUCUGGUACCUUGCCAAGAAAAUGCAAGAAAGAGCUGCUGGCAGUAAAGCUACGGAACAGGCCAAGCAAGCAGGAAUUGGAAGACAGGAACAUUUUCCCAAGGAGGACAGAUGAGGAACGCCAGGAAAUCCGGCAGCAAAUCGAAAUGAAACUUUCAAAGCGCCUGAGCCAAAGACCUGCUGUUGAGGAGCUCGAAAGAAGGAAUAUACUUAAACAAAGAAAUGAUCAAACAGAGCAGGAAGAAAGAAGGGAAAUCAAGCAGAGGCUGACAAGAAAGCUCAAUCAGAGACCUACAGUCGAUGAACUAAGAGACAGAAAAAUUUUAAUUCGAUUCAGUGAUUAUGUAGAGGUGGCAAAAGCACAGGACUACGACAGACGAGCAGACAAACCAUGGACAAGACUAUCAGCAGCCGAUAAGGCAGCAAUUCGUAAAGAGCUAAAUGAAUACAAAAGUAAUGAAAUGGAGGUACAUGCAUCAAGCAAGCAUUUGACAAGAUUUCACAGGCCAUAGAGAUUUUCUUCUGAGAAGAAUUUGUCUUUACUUUUGAUACUGCUGCUGAACACACAUCAGGGAACGUAUAAAGGUCUUUCCCUGAAGUUCAGUACACGAUAACCUGACGUUUGUGUGAGAGAAGGACCGUGCAGGUGAAAUCUCUGCAGCAUGUACACACAGGAGCUACCAGAGGACGUACUUCGCUCUUUGAUGCCUGAAGAGUGAUGGCCUGUGGGGUGGGAGGAUCAGUUGAAAACGAAUGAAGUAAAGCUACUGGAAGGAACUUACUGCUCUCCUUUAACACUUGUUUUAAACUGUUUUGAAGCAUAUCUUGGAAAAGGAGAUGUUGUGCAUGUACAGGCUUUACCAUUCCAGGGCCUCUGACAUAAUGGACAUGACGCACUGUCAUUCAGUAUUAUGUUGACAAGACAUUUUGAACUAAUCACAAUUAGUUUGUAAAAAACUUACGUUCAUGUUAUACAAAAUGAUUUAAUGUAUUAUAAUUUCUCUCUUUUUUAUAUAAUGUCUAAUGAAAACACA